GCUUGUGCUCCGUUCGCGUCACCGGAACCGGAACCGGGGUUCGACAUUUUUUGGGGGAGGAAAGGGGAGGAACGGAAAAGGCGGGAUAAGCCAAAGCCAAACAGUAACGAGGAGAAGCGGCGGUGCGUCUCUCGCUUAUCACCUCCAGAUUGAUGCAUGUUUUCAUCAUUGCCUUAAGCUUGCUGAGAGUUUGGAUAAAUAUGGCGCAACUCCAACAAGGAGGUCCUGAUGAGAAAGAGAAGACUACAGCAUUAAAGGACUUGUUGUCUAGAAUAGACUUGGAUGAACUGAUGAAAAAAGAUGAACCACCUCUUGAGUUUCCUGAUACUCUUGAAGGAUUUGAAUACACAUUUAAUGAAAAAGGGCAGUUAAGGCAUAUAAAAACUGGAGAGCCAUUUGUUUUUAACUACCGAGAAGAUUUACAUAGAUGGAAUCAAAAACGCUAUGAAGCUCUUGGAGAGAUCAUCACUAAAUAUGUAUAUGAAUUAUUAGAAGAAGAAUGCCAUUUGAAAAAAGUAUAUGUCCCAGUAGAUGCAGAAGAGACCGAACCUAGGAGUUUCAUCUUUAUGAGUGAGGAUGCACUGAUAAAUCCUGAUAAACUGAUGAUUUUAAUUCAAGGCAAUGGUGUUGUCAGAGCAGGACAAUGGGCAAGAAGGCUUAUUAUAAAUGAAGAUCUGGAUAGCGGCACUCAGAUUCCUUAUAUUAAAAGAGCUAUAGAGGAAGGAUAUGGAAUAAUAAUACUGAAUCCGAAUGAGAAUUAUAUUGAGGUUGAAAAGACAAAAGCUCAAGAACAGCCGUCUCCAGAUAGUUCAGAUGAACCUGCAGAAAAAAAAGAGAGAAAAGAUAAAAUUACGAAAGAUACAAAGAAGCGAAGAGACUUCUAUGAGAAGUACCGAAAUCCACAAAAAGAAAAGGAAACGAUGCAAGUCUUUAUUAGAGAAAAUGGUUCUCCUGAAGAACAUGCAAUUUAUGUAUGGGACCACUUUAUCUCCCAGUCAUUAGCUGAAAAUGUAUUUGUUGUUGCUCACAGUUAUGGUGGAUUGGCAUUUGUGGAAUUGAUGAUUCAGCGAGAAACAGAAGUAAAAAAUAAAGUUACUGCAGUGGCAUUGACAGAUUCAGUUCAUAACGUGUGGCAUCAAGAAGCUGAUAAAAUUGUUCGAGAGUGGAUGCGAGAGAAUUGCUGUAAUUGGGUAUCAAGUUCAGAACCUCUGGAUACAUCAGUAGAGUCCAUGCUACCUGAUUGCCCACGUGUUUCUGCAGGGACGGAGCGGCACGAGCUGACCUCCUGGAAGAGCUUCCCGUCGAUCUUUCGGUUCUUCCACGAGGCGAUGGAGGCGAAAACCAGCUCGGGCAAAGCGGCUCCCACGCGACGGUCGCAACGGAUCCGCUACGAGGAGCUGUAAAGGCGGGCUGGCGGGCGGAAGCGGCUCCCGCUUGUCUCUGUGCAGGCGGCGCGCUGCGUUCCCAGCCCCUCAUUAGAUUGUUUUCUUCUUAGAGCACAGGGUCGCCGCCUAUACAUCUAAGUAGUGUUUUGCAUUAUUUCUAGAUGAGUGCAACUGUCAAAGCAAUAUGGGUUCACUGCUUAUGCUUCCUGUGGGCUGCGGCUUGGAUUUCGGGCUGCCCAUCAGUGCGCAGAUUAAGGCUGACAGCAGCGCUGCACGGCGCAAUCUGGCGCAGCUCUAAUUGCCCCGGACGCAGCCCUGCCCUGAGUUGAUGGCGGGCUACUGCCGCUGCCUCUGCGGCUCUUCCCUGGUCCUAACGCCCGCCUUUUCCCGGGCCCGCUUGCUGCUUUCCCGACCGCCCCACCAUCUCUUUUUUUCCCCCUCCAGCCGCCGAUCAUCGUUUUAGAUACACAUUUUAAACAAAGAAUUUAUUUCCGUUUCAGAAUGUAGGCCUAUAGGUGCUAGAGACGUUUUAAAGUAAUUUCCCGCAACGUUAUUUGGAGGUUUUUGUUUUGAAAGGUCCCGCGUUUUAUUUUAUUAUUAUUUUUAAAUCCACAUGAGGGGAUAAACUGCAGUGCCCCCGUGCUAGUGAUCUCCAGUGAUGCUUUGCUCUGUGAUUGGAGUAUAAAUGCUUAGAGUCUCACGUAGCCACGACAUAUAUAUUUUUUCUUUUAUGAGUAACUCGUUUUCUUUUAAUGCUGAAGAAAGCCUCUGGGUGAACGGAAAAUGCAUUUAAUCGAUACCUAUUUUUUUAUAUUGAGGAGAUUCCGAGUAAGACUGCUGUAAAUCUCAAAUGCGGGACCGAACUCAAACGCACUCAGUUUUAGUGCUUGAGGAAUGCACUUUCCAAAUGUUUUAUUGUUUUGGAAUACUUUAGGGUUUUUCAGGGAAAAUUGCUGAAUCCUUUUAAAAAGUAGAAAUAGCAGCAGUAGUAUUUUAAAGUGUUUCUUCUGAUGCUUGGUUGGCAUCUUUAUUUUUUAUUCAAAUAGAUUAUCUAUUUUAUGACAGAGCAAAUAGCUAAUAACUUUUUUAAAAUGCUGGAUGGUACCAGAAUUCCACAAAUUCUAGCCUUUUCCAAAUGCAAGGCAAAGGGAGAAGCAGCAACCUUUUCAGUUUGGCAAAACAGGGUCAGCAUUAGAAAGGAGCAGUCCUCUCUUAUUGCUGAAGGAUGUCACCCAUCAGUACCCCUUCACAUGGUUGAACUCCUCAGGCAGAGAUUCAUUUUUCUUUAGUCAUCUGGCCAUCACUGUGAAAUAUUGAUGGA